UGUGGAACCUAAAACCCUGAAUAAGUUACAUGAAACGAGGUAGUCAGUACCUUGGAUUACAAGUUUCACCAACUGUACUUUCCCAAUUAUCCUGCCGCAUAUUUCCCAUUCAACGUACACACAAAAUCCCCAAAAGCAAAAGUAUCUCUUUAAAAUGCCUUAUGUCUCACCAAUACAAUACUUCCUCUCUUUCUCAUUCAACAAUGGCUUUGGGCAAUGUCCAAGAACCAGACGGAGAGAUCCUAAAGAAUGUUUGGGAGAACUUCAUCAGAAAACCACAAACCGAUAAAACAUCAGUUCAUGUUCCAGAUAUUUCUAGAACUUGGGAAGAGUUGCCUACUCUUGAUAACAUUAACAUACCAGAAGAUUCUAAAGAAUUGCUUCCAAGCCUAGAUAUGUCGAUGGAGGCCGAGGAAUGGACAGAGUUUCUCAACGCCGUUGCUUCUUCCCCAAACAAAACCAGUCAUGACCCAAUAACCAACCCUACCAUUGAGUCUUUCUCUUCUCGGGUUUCUUGCAAUACAAGGAAAUACAGGGGAGUACGGAGACGUCCGUGGGGGAAAUUCGCUGCUGAAAUCAGGGAUUCGACAAGAAACGGUGUAAGGGUUUGGCUCGGAACGUUCCAAACUGCAGAAGAAGCAGCUAUGGCUUAUGAUAAAGCCGCGGUUAGAAUACGAGGGACUCAAAAAGCUCACACAAAUUUUCAGCUCGACACGGUUAUUAAAGCUAUGGAAAUGGAUUGCAGCCCAAAUUACUACCCGAUACACAGCUCAAAUACAUACCAUACCAUAAGAAGCAACCACGGAAUUGGAUCAAGAACAGAAAAAGAAGCGAUCAAGGCUUAUGAUAAAGAUGUUGAUGGGAUGGUUGAUAACCACUGUACCCUAAGUUAUCGAUCAACUCAUGAGGAGUACACGGAGACUUGUGGAUUGCGUGAGAGUGGAGGAGAAACUUGGUUAGGUUCAAGAAAGAGAAGAAGGAGUGAUAAAGAUUUUAUGUUUCAAGAAGUUAAAAUGAAGAAGAUGGUUACCGAAGAAGAGACAUUAUGUGAUGUGUUUGGUUUGUUUGAGUUUGAGGAUUUUGGAAGUGAUUAUUUGGACACGUUAUUAUCUUCUUUUUGACCUCUAAAAAAAACAUUGUAACAUUAAUACAU